GGCCAUCGUUUCCUUUCCUCCUCUGCAUUCGGGCCAUGGUCAGUGUUUUAUAAUCGUGCAUGUGAUUAGUUACAGGCCGGUGUGUGUGUGUGUGUAUCAUUGACUGUGAGUUUCACAUGAACGGACUCCAAAGUCAGGAAUCGGAGUUAGACUGAUUGGAAACACACGAGGGAAGGUUUUAUUCUGCUGACUUACGUAUAGUUUGAACUAAGACCCGAUAGGAAUGCUGAGAGAGGGAUAGAAUGAACCAUCUUUUAUUGAAGAGGACAUCUCUGGCAGUAUUACUCCCAAAAUGGAGGGUCACAUUAUCAAGAUGGGCCAACAGUUGUGCUACACACAACAACAGAAAAGAAUGUGCCGGUCACAAGGAAACACAGACCCGUAUGAAUCCAUUAAAUAUCCAGAUGUUGUCCAGUGGUCUCCAUCAGCAGAUCUUUGGAGAUAUCCAGGUUGAGUACUCUGAUGAGGCAGUCCAGAAGAGCAUUGAACACCUCAAAUCUCAUGACCUCUGGAACCAGGAAACCUCCAUCCUGCCCGAUGUGGAACUGCAGCUGCCCAAGAUGUACGGUAGCAACAUUGAUGAACACUUUUGUAUCCUUGCUCAGAAGCAAAGCCUCCCUUACUUGGAGGCAGCCCAUGAACUUGUGCAUUGUGACCUCCCUGAAAUGCCCACAGAGUGGACCUGGGCAGUUGGCUGGACAAAGUAUGAUCCGGCUGGACGAACAAACCCUGUGGACUUUCCUGAUGACAAGGCACUAGUGUUUGACGUGGAGGUGUGCGCUUCCGAGAGCCAGUGUCCAACAUUAGCCGUAGCUGUCUCUCCAAGUCACUGGUACUCCUGGUGCAGUAAGCGUCUCAUUGAGACGCGUUACACAUGGUCCAAUCAACUGACCCUGACUGAUCUCAUUCCCCUGGAGACAAGUGCAAAUUCCACGCGUCCACGAAGAGAUGAAUGGCCAGAGAGACUGGUCAUUGGCCACAAUGUCAGCUAUGACAGAGCAAGGGUCAAGGAACAGUACCUUAUGAAGGGAACAGGGCUACGCUUUCUGGACACGAUGAGCUUGCACAUGGCUAUUUCUGGUCUGACUGGCUUCCAGCGCAGCCUUUGGAUGGCGAGUAAAAAAGGGAAGAGGAGGGGCCUGGAAGAAGUAAAGCAGCACAUCAAACGAACAACCAACAAACCUAGAAACAUGGGGGUUGGAGCCUGGGACUGGGUGAACAUCAGCAGCAUUAAUAACCUCCCUGAUGUCCACGCACUCUAUGUGGGAGGCAGAACUCUUGAGAAGGAGUCUCGUGAGCUUUUCAUCAAUGGCACAAUGAAAGAUAUUCGGGAGAACUUCCAGGAGCUGAUGCGAUACUGUGCAAAUGAUGUUAAAGCUACUUAUGAGGUGUUUUGUGAGGAGCUGCCGCUGUUUCUAAAAAGAUGCCCACACCCAGUGACUUUUUCUGGCAUGCUAGAGAUGGGACAGUGCUACCUUCCUGUCAACCACAACUGGAAGCGAUACCAGGAUGAGGCACAGGGUACAUAUGAAGAGCUGCAACGGGAGAUGAAACAGUCCCUCAUGAACCUGGCCAAUGAUGCCUGCCAGCUACUCCACGAUGAAAGGUACAAAGAUGACCCCUGGUUGUGGGACCUAGAAUGGGGUACCCAAGAAUUUAAACAGAAGAAGGACACUAAGAAAAAGAAAGAAGAGUUGGUCAGCACCGGUGAAGUAGCAAAUUCCAGCCUAACAUCAGAGUUUGAGGAAGAUCCAGGGCCUCCGUCAGAAGACCGAAACGAAGAAGAGGUGAAGGCUGCCAAAAGUAGAGCCCUUCUGAAUGAUCUUCAUCAGACAGUCAGUCUUCUUCCAAAGAGAAGACAGCAUUUACCAGGCCAUCCAGGAUGGUACCGGAAACUGUGCCCAAAGUGGAAUGAUCCACAAUGGCUGCCAGGGCCCAGCCUCAUUAGUCUCCAGAUGAGGGUCACUCCAAAGCUGAUGCGUUUGACCUGGGAUGGAUUCCCGUUGCACUAUUCAGAGAGCCAUGGGUGGGGCUAUCUGGUCCCAGGAAGAAAGGACAAUCUACUUGCUAACCCCAGUGACACAGAUGCACCUUCUUGCCCGUACAGAACCAUUGAGAUAUUGCACCAGGAAUAUUGUAAAAAGAAAUCACCAGGACAAACUGACGAAUCAGAGGUGUCAGUCAGCGAUGAGUUCAUGCUGACAGAGAAUAGCAUGUGGGAAAUGGUGGAGGAGCUGAGUCACUUGGAGACUGAGCAUGAAGCUGAUUUUGGUAACGGGAGUGUGAAGAAUUCUGCACAGGAGGUACAGCUACCAGAAUUUCUUGAGAACAGCUGUCGCUCGUAUCACCUCGGAAAUGGUCCGAUUAAUGAGGUCAAUGUGCCUGGAUGCUGGUUUUUCAAACUUCCACACAAGGAUGGGAACCGAAACAAUGUUGGAAGCCCCUUUGCGAAGGAUUUUCUCUCUAAGAUGGAAGAUGGCACAUUGCAGGCGAGCACCAAUGCAACAAGUGCAACUAGAGCGCUGGAAAUCAAUAAGAUGAUCUCAUUCUGGAGGAACGCUCAAAAAAGAAUCAGUUCUCAGAUAGUUCUGAUGCUGAGGAAAAGUGAGCUACCUCGAACAGUCACAAGGCAUCGUUCCUACGAUGAAGAAAACGAAUAUGGAGCGAUUUUGCCACAAGUCAUCACGGCUGGCACAGUGACUCGACGAGCAGUCGAGCCGACCUGGCUAACUGCCAGCAAUGCACAGACCGAUCGUGUGGGUAGUGAACUGAAAGCUAUGGUUCAAGUACCACCAGGAUACCACUUGAUUGGAGCAGAUGUCGACUCUCAGGAGCUCUGGAUUGCUGCUGUUCUUGGAGAAGCCCAUUUUGCUAGAAUACAUGGAUGCACUGCGUUUGGCUGGAUGAUGCUUCAGGGGAAAAAGAGCAGUGGUACAGACCUCCACAGCAAGACAGCUGCCACCGUGGGAAUCAGUCGGGAGCAUGCCAAGGUUUUCAAUUAUGGACGGAUAUACGGUGCUGGGCAGCCAUUCGCAGAAAGGCUCCUUAUGCAGUUUAAUCACCGUCUGACGUCUCGGGAAGCUGAAGAGAAAGCACGGCAGAUGUAUGCAGCGACUAAAGGCAUCCGAAGAUGUGUGCUUUCAGAAGAUGGGGAGUGGCUUGUGGAGGAGCUGGGCAUCUCUGUGGAAAAAGCAGAAAAUGGAACAGUGUCUACUGCAGAUGUACGUAAAAUCCAGCGAGAAGUGGCAAAAAGGUCCAAUGGUGCCAAGUGGACAGUUGUGAAGCAGAGGGUCUGGAGUGGGGGCACUGAGUCCCAAAUGUUCAACAAACUGGAAUGUAUUGCCACAUCCCAAUUCCCCCGAACCCCAGUGUUGGGCUGCUGUAUCAGCAGAGCUCUGGAACCAAGUGCUGUAGGACAUGAGUUCAUGACUAGUCGUGUGAACUGGGUGGUGCAGAGUUCGGCUGUGGAUUACCUCCAUCUGAUGUUGGUGUCCAUGAGAUGGCUGUUUGAGGAGUUCAAUAUUGAUGGUAGAUUCUGUAUCAGCAUUCAUGAUGAGGUUCGAUAUUUAGUGACUAGUGAAGACAGAUAUCGAGCUGCACUGGCACUGCAGAUUACUAAUCUGCUAACGCGCUGCAUGUUUGCCUACAAACUAGAAAUGCAGGAUCUCCCGCAGUCAGUAGCAUUCUUCAGUGCAGUGGAUGUCGACCAAUGCCUGAGGAAGGAAGUGACAAUGGAUUGUCAAACUCCAUCGAAUGUUUCCGGGCUGCAAAGACGAUAUGGGAUCCCAGAAGGAGAAGCACUAGACAUUUAUCAAAUUAUUGAAAAAACAAAUGGAUCUCUUGUCAAACGGAAACAGACACAAAACAGGAAACAGGCACAGAGAGACAACCUCAGGGAAGCAGCAAGACAACUACCCAAUUAACAGUGUUCAUGAGUGUUUUAUCUCCUUCGGGCGCAACUUGUACAAAUUGAUGGAGCUUCAUGAGAACAUCUUGAUAAUCCCAUAAAAUCAGGAGGGGAAGUACUUAUGUAAGCAUAGCAGAGCUGCACUGAAAACCUGGAGAUGGAGGAUGACGUUUUGAAUAGAUAAGAUCCUGCAAUGGGUGUAAAUUCAGAUGGGACAUGUACAUUUACUGGACAUGGAUGCUGCCCUUGCUGUUACAGUUUCAUCUUUUUCUUUUUUUCUUCUUUGGUUCUCUGUUUUCUUGGUUUUCAUCCAUUGUGACACUUGACUACAGAAUGAGUAAAAAAGUUCUGGUGAAUUUAUUGUACAACAUACAAGCCUCUAUUUUAAAUAUAUUUGCUUCAUUUAACACA